CUCUCCCCCGCCACGUCCAGACAGCGAAGGGCUCGUGCCCACGCCCUUGGGUGAGAGGCAGAAGGGGGGGGGGGGGUCAUUGACUCGCCGGGGCACGGACACGCCGGGAGCAGUUGCCGCCCCUUUAAAGGAGCCUGUCGCUGUUUGAUGAGGUCACACGCCCCAUUCCGAGCCUGGGGAAGGCUCGUGCCGAUUCAGGGGCGGGCGAGGCCUCCUGCGUCGCGUGGUGAGAACGUAACCUCCUUAGCGACGAGCGGUUGCUAAGGGUGCGAUGGACGCUACCUCCAGGCCGCUCCGUGUGCCCCGGGAGAUGGGCAUUUAUGCGGAAAAGCACGAGCUCUUCCAGCUCCUGCAGAACAUGCUUGAAGGGUUGUUAAUCCAUAAACCUGAUGAGCCCAUCCAGUAUAUGAUAAGCCACUUAAAGCAAGACAAUGAUCAUGUUCCAAGAAUUUGUAUACUUGGUCCACCCGCCUCUGGAAAAACCACUAUUGCAACAUGGCUUUGUAAACAAUUGAAUACCCCUUGUAUCACUCAGGAGACUUUAUUGGAAGAAACAUUAGAGCUGACAAAAGAAGUAACGGCAUUUCAAGAGAGAGGACAGAAAAUUCCCAAUGCACUGUGGGCCAAUCUGAUCCAGGAGCGUCUGUCAAAUGUGGACUGCAUCAAACAAGGUUGGAUUUUGGAAGGCUUUCCUGAAAACCGGGACCAAGCAUGGAUGCUGCAGUUAGCUGGCAUCACUCCGAGACAUGUUGUCGUGCUGUAUGCUCCAGACACUGUGCUUAUUGAGAGGAACCUUGGGAAAAGGAUUGAUCCAUCCACGAAAGAGGUGUACCAUACCACCUUUGACUGGCCAAGCGACCCUCUGGUGCAACAGCGUUUGGUGGAGGCAGAAGGCAUAUCUGAACAGGAGACUGCAAAGCACCUGCUGGAAUAUCAUAGAAACUUUCCCAGAGUUUUCCAGAUCUAUCAGCAAAUAUUAAAAUUGAUCAAUGCCGACCAACCUUGUGCAGACGUAUUCUCCCAGGCUCUGACCUAUGUCCAAACCUGGUGCCGAUCAGCUGCCCCCUUUACACCACGGAUUCUCUUUUGUGGACCCCCAGGCAGUGGGAAGAGCCUGCAGGCAGCACUAAUAGCUCAGAAAUACAGCAUUGUCAACAUUUGCUGCGGGCAACUGCUAAAGGAAGCUGUUGCAGACAAGACAAAACUUGGAGAACUCAUUAAGCCUUAUUUUGACAGCAGAUGGCCAGUCCCAGACAACAUCAUUUUAAAGUUACUGACAGAUCGUCUCAACAGAUUAGACUGCAUGACUGACGGUUGGGUGCUACAUGGUUUCCCAAGAGAUUUAGAUCAGGCAGAACAGAUGGUAAAAGCAGGAAUUAUUCCAAACAGGAUAUUUUUCCUGAAUCUCCCAUCUGAAUCUGUCAUGGAACGUCUGGCUCAGCGGAUGAUUGAUCCAGUCACAGGAGAAAGAUAUCACGCCAUGUACAAACCAGCUCCAUUACCAGAGGUCCAAGCUCGUCUCAAGCAGAACCCUAAAGACACUGAAGAAAAUAUCAGGAUUUGCCUGGAGACCUAUUACAGGCAUGCUGGCGACUUGGAGGAGUUUUAUGACAAUGCUUUCUACAUCAAUGCUGACCAAGACCCUUAUGUUGUCUUUGAGUAUAUAGAAAGCUGUAUUGUUAAGCCCCUUCCACACAAGUCCUGACCUAUUAAAAACAGCAGUUCCAGCUAGUCCAAAAUGCUACCAGGCAAUGUCAAUUAGUUGGUGACUUAAGACUCAAAUUUAUGAGGCUAAAUUUUUUUGCAAAAGCUAAUAUUAAUGAAUAAGGAUGAUUUCCCAAAACCUUGUAAAAUGAAAAGCUUGUUUGGAUUUAAACUUUUCCCUGCGGUGUUUAUAAUCCAAACAUUGCAGUACUGGGCUAGUGUCAGGGACCUAGAACUCAAAUGGACUGGCACUGUCUGAAGUGAGUGAAGUGCAGAGAGUAAACAAACAACAUAAACGGUGAAAAGUUUCAGUGGUUCAAGCUCUUUGUUUUAAUAAUCCCAGAGGGUGAGACAGGAAGAAAGUUCAUUUUUUAGAAAUUAUGUUUAAACUUCCUCUCCUUUUCCAGGUGCGUGAUUCAGGGAAAUGUGGAAUAUUAAACCUAUUUGAAGUGUA